AUUUUACUAGUCGCUAAUAAAUUAGAUUUAGAUUGCCAAAGAGAAGUGUCAACUGCCGAAGGCAAUGCACUUGCACAACUAUGGGAAUGUCCGUUCAUUGAAGCCUCUGCGAAAGAUCGUAUUAAUGUAAACGAAGUAUUUGCAACAAUAGUACGUGAGAUGAAUAUGACCCAAGAUAAACGGCAGAAAAAAAGUUAUUGUUGUUGUGCUCUUUUAUAGAACGAUUUUUGAUAAUUAUUUCUUAUUAUAUACAUACAUAAA